AAUUAUUGAGAAGAAAGGAAUUUUAAGAAAAGGAUUCUCUGAUAAAAUUUCCGUUUGUUACCUGAGCAAAUCUCGGGAAGGAAAACUUAUUUUUAUUUUCUCCUGUGUUGUGAAGCUUUCUUUAGAGAAUCUGAGUUAACUCGCUGCGCUUACUCUGAGGAGGUGAGGAUGUCGACUCCUGCAAGGAAGAGACUGAUGAGAGAUUUUAAGAGUUUGCAGCAAGAUCCUCCUGGAAUUAGUGGCGCUCCUCAAGAUAACAACAUUAUGCUCUGGAAUGCUGUUAUAUUUGGGCCUGAUGACACCCCAUGGGAUGGAGGUACGUUUAAGCUGACACUUCAGUUUACGGCAGAUUACCCAAACAAGCCACCAACGGUUCGUUUUGUAUCUCGAAUGUUCCAUCCAAAUAUUUAUGCUGAUGGAAGCAUCUGUUUGGAUAUUCUACAAAAUCAAUGGAGUCCAAUUUAUGAUGUAGCUGCAAUAUUGACAUCUAUUCAGUCAUUGCUUUGCGAUCCAAAUCCAAACUCCCCUGCAAAUUCUGAAGCUGCUCGGAUGUUUAGUGAGAACAAGCGCGAACACAAUAGGAGAGUACGCGAGGUUGUUGAGCAGAGUUGGACCGCUGAUUAAUAUCUCUCAUGUCGGGCUCCAUUGUAAGAACAAGCGUGAAGACAAUAGGAGGGUAUGCGAGACUGCUGAUGGAUGGCUCGAGGUUUGGUUUCUAUGGAACUUCAAAAUAGUCCCAAUGGCCUGUCUAAAUAACAUUGAACACUAAAAAUGUUUUCAAACUAUUUUGGCUUUGUUAGUUGUUUGUGUUAUGAAAAUGAAUGCUGCUCCUUGGCCUGCACUUUUCAUCAAGUA